UAACGAAUCAAAUUGGCGAUCAUAUAAUACCACAAAUAAAGCUCACCACACAGGAUUAUUCCUCUAUCUGAAUCGUGUUUGGCAAUUUUCCCACCCAACAUUUCCCUCUCAAAUCUCCAAUCGGAAAAAUGCCAAUUGAAAUGCUAAAAGGGUUGCCAUUUUCAGUAGAUACAUGGAGUCCAAAAUCAAGCACAAAAAGGCACCAUUUCUUAACACAUGCCCAUAAGGAUCACACUCAAGGAAUCUGCACUUAUGCUUCAUAUCCUAUUUAUUGCUCCCAAAUCACCAAAACUCUUGUUCUACAGCAUUAUCCUCAGCUUGAUGGAUCAUUUUUUGUGGGUAUUGAGGUUGGGCAAUGUAUAGUGAUCAAAGACCCUGAUGGUGAUUUCACGGUCACUGCCUUUGACGCCAAUCAUUGCCCAGGAGCUCUAAUGUUCUUGUAUGAAGGCAAAUUUGGAAACAUCCUGCAUACAGGAGAUUGCAGACUCACGAUUGAGUGUUUGCAACAAUUACCCCUAAAGUAUGUGGGCACCACCGGAAAAGAACCAAAGUGCCAGAUUGAUUGUAUUUUCCUUGAUUGCACAUUUGGUCAGUCUCCAUUGAAGAUGCCCAGCAGGCAGUCAGCAAUCCAACAGAUCAUCAAUUGCAUAUGGAAGCACCCUCAAGCUCCUACAGUGUAUCUGACAUGUGAUCUUCUUGGCCACGAGGACAUUCUUGUGCAUGUCUCACAGACAUUUGGUUGCAAGAUAUAUGUUGAUAAAGCUAAAACUCCAGAAUGCUUUCAGGCUUUGGAACUAAUGGUGCCUGAAAUCUUGUCUGAAGAUGCAUCAUCUCGUUUUCAACUGUUUGAUGGGUUUCCGAAACUGUACCAAAGAGCAGAAGCCAAGAUCACAGAGGCUCGGUCUGAUUCUCGGCAUGAGCCUCUAAUUAUUCGAGCAUCAGCACAGUGGUAUGCAUGUGAUGAUGGUAUUCCGGAUAUCGAAAAGCAGAAAAAAGAAAGAUGUGAUCAACCAGUGAGAGAUAUAUUCGGUGUCUGGCACAUUUGUUACACCAUACAUUCAUCAAAGGAAGAACUGGAGUGGGCUUUGCAACUUCUUGCACCUAGGUGGGUUGUCUCUACAACACCUAGUUGCAAGGCUAUGGAGCUGGAUUAUGUGAAGCGUCAUAUUAAUCAACAUCGGAAUUUUGAUGACCCUUUCUGGCAACUUCUGGGGUUUACCACAGACGUGGAAUCUGAAGUUGAUACAGAAUCAGCUCCAGAUGUGGUUGAGGUUUCAAGCUCACCUUUGGCCAAGAGCAAUGCUCAAGAUUAUGCGGGCAACUCCCAAUCGACGACGACAUCUAUUAGCAUUUGUAGGAAGUCACAUUUGUCUCCUCCAAGCAAAACAGCCUCAGUAACAUUAUUUGGUAGGGCGAGGAUUGGGCUCAAUGGUUCUUAUUUCAAACAUGAAGAAAAGGAGCCUAUACUUCCAGAUAAUGAUUCUGUAUUCAGAGGUUCCAACGAGUUACAGGUUAUUUCUUUUAAGAACGAAGAGGUUGUGGUGGAAGCUGAUGAGACCUCAGCAGUAAGUGAAGUUUUAGAGAUCAGGAGUAAAGAGGAGAUCUUGAUGCAUACAGAAAUGGAGUAUUGUAUUUCUGAGUCAGCUGUUGGAUUGUCAAAGAGUUAUAAUCCAAGUUUAAGAAAACUAUACCGAUCUAUGAAUGUGCCAGUGCCUCGACCCCUUCCUUCGUUAGUGGAACUUAUGAAUGCCACUAAGCGUGCUAGGAGAAGGCUGUAAGUUCUGCUUUUGGCUGGCAUCCUCUCUUUAGUAGUUUCUUCAUGUCAUUCUCCACCCUCAUAGCAAUAUAUUGAUACCAAGCACAGCAUUGUUUACAGCAAAAAGAUAUAGAUAGCUUAUACUCGAUACACCUACUCUUCGUUUUCCCUUUUUACAGGCUGCUGUGCACUGAGACCUUCCUAUUACCUGCCUACUGUAUAUUUGUUUAUACACCAUAAUUUUUUAUGAAACAUUUAGUGGUACACUUGAACAGAUUUCGCUAUUCAUUUGUAAACUAAUUCCAUUCUAUUCAAUGUGGAAGGUAUUUAAUGUUAACUGA